AUUUAAUUGACAAGCGUUAUCGCGGUUAGACGAGAAGACUUUCUAUCUACAAGGUUAAUCGGUCAUCACGGGUUAUGGUAUUCUGGAUAAAUCUUCUAAACUUUGAACGACUUUACAGCAGAGGUGGAUAUAGGAUCUGAAUAAGACCUGGGUAAUGAUAGUCGUUUUAAAUACAUACUGCAUUCGUCACUAGUUGGAACUGUGCUGAAGAUAUUGGCUUGUUUCUGGUGAAGAUUCUUUGUAUGCCAUUUUAGACAGAAGAGUUUUUGUGUAAUCUUUUUCCCGUCUUUUUCAUACUGAAAGGAUGCACAAGAAAACAAAAUUCAUAAUUAUAUAUUGGUAAUAAUAAUCAUUAGUCUAUGUGAGAAGAGCGAUUUUAUAGAUAAAGUCAAUGGUAAUCUCCACUCAAACCAACAUAAGAAGAAGAAGUUCGAUCAGCUGCUCAACUCUAAGUAAAUAUUCGGGGACGGAUUCCUCAUAUGAGUACCCUUACCAGUUUCGGAAGCGUAACGACCAAAACGAUAUCAUGUAAAAACAUAAUAUAGAAUUUUAACGACUAGAAUGCUUGAUGUACUUAAUACACAAAAUUACCCGGAUCCACGAGACUUUCAUUUCCCUAUGUAACUUACUAGAUGUGAUUUAUAGUAGGCCUAAUGAAUAACUGACGGAUACACUUCUUGCUUUCACAGCUUCUAGUACAGACCAACUCAAUUGAGCAUGCUUAUUAAAAGCCGACAUAGGUAAUGAAAAGUAUUGUUGACUCUGGAAAUGAUUCGUCUAUUGAAAUAUUUGCUUUCCAGUGAGGAAGCAAACAUCUGCUUAACCACUAUAAACAACAGAAAAACAUAUUCAUUGUUCAGGGUAUUUAGGUAGCAUUUACCAAGCAUAAAUCUCCAGCUGGGGUAUUGUAAUAGGACAAUUUCUGCCAUGAUGUCGGAGGAACCAGCGCCGACCAUGGUGAGUCAGGGCCGUGUUGUGCUUUCACCAAUUGCGGCUGCAAGGAAAAAGAAAAAGAUGAAUCGAAAAAAUAACAUGACAAGUGGACAGCCAGUACUGGUGGAUUCGUUUCUUAAGAGAUUUACCACAAGAAGACAACCUGAUGUUAGUAACCACACAACGAAAUGUGGCUCAACCGUCAUGUCUGUGGUCAUUGAAGAAAGAGAUGAGAGUGACGGGGACGAAUACGGAAUGAAGACAAUCUUUGUUCCUGAUGGUGAUUUUCUUCUCUACUGGUUGACAGUGGUCAGCAUUGCUGUGGUGUAUAAUCUCUGGGUGUUGAUUGCCCGUGAGGCCUGGCCAGAGCUCCAGGAUAAGAGUCCCGUUGGUUGGUUCAUUGCGGACUACUUCUGUGACUUUAUCUACAUUCUUGACAUCGUGGUUCAGGCCCGUACUGCGUACCUGGAAGAAGGUCUUCUAGUCACGGACGUAAAGAUUCUACUAUGUCAUUACGUUAAGUCAAAGGCAUUUAUUGUUGACAUCAUCUCCCUCCUGCCAACAGAUCUGUUCUAUCUCAUCAAUACAGAAACUCUGCACACAAUUAUCAGGUUUCCAAGAUUCCUUAGGGCCUACAGAUUCUACACAUGGUAUACCAAGGUUGAAACAAGAACAUAUCUUCCGAAUACCUUUCGUGUCCUCUAUCUAACACACAUCUUACUACUUGGCUUGCAUUGGACAGCAGCGGCUUACUAUCUUAUCUGCGAAGAGUCAGUUCAUCAACUUGCACCAGAUAUAACUUAUGGACCUGAUGGGGAUAACGCUACUUUGGCAUUGAAAUACCUUGUUUCCUUCUAUUGGUCAACCAUGACACUGACAACGAUUGGUGAACUUCCUUCUCCUCACACUGAAGUUGAAUAUAUAAUUCAAAUUAUUGGAUAUCUGAUUGGUAUUUUCAUCUUUGCAACGGUUGUUGGACAAGUUGGAAAUAUCAUCGGAAAUCGCAACUUGACCCGAAUGGAAUUUGAACGGGAAGUGGAUCAUGCGAAAGGUUACAUGAGAAGAAAUAAUGUUCCAAGAGAUGUUCAACUGCGGAUACUUAGGUGGUAUGAUUACACAUGGGAACGUGGGGCUACCCGUGGUCAAUGUGACGUUAAUUCACUUGGUCUCCUUCCAGAGACACACCGCACGGAACUCGCUCUUCAUGUCAAUCUACAAACAUUGAAAAAGGUUUCGAUUCUGAAGUUUUGUCCUCCCGAAUUCCUUCAUGAUCUUGUUCUUAAGAUGCAUUUAUGUAUCUUUACUCCUGAUGAUAUCGUCUAUAAGAAAGGUGCCGUUGCCAAGGAGAUGUUUAUUGUGUCCCAUGGAUUUUUCAAGAUUACUGAUGAGGCAGGUCAUGUGAUCUCUACGCUCAAAUCAGGUGACUAUUUUGGAGAGGACGGCAUUCUCGACCUCGAAGGAAACAGUCAUAGGAGAAUAGCUGAUGUAUAUUCUGUUGGAUUUUCCGAGCUUUUUUCUCUCUCUCGUGAGGACGUCUUGGGUGUGAUGAAAGACUACCCGACUGUGAAGAGUAUGUUUGAGGAGGAAGCACUAAUUAAACUUGGCAAAUUACAACCGAAAGAUUCUGAUUGUACCGGUGUCAAUGGAACGGAUAACGAAAGAUACCGUACCCGAACCGAAAGUCAUGCUCAAACAAGAGGUGCCAAUAUUUAUCCGGAAGCGGGGAAAGAUUCAGCUCAAAAUGAUUCACUCCAACCCGACGAGACCAGACGGAUACUCAAGACGAUCAAAUACAUCAAAGCAAAGAACCGGAAUUCGUCUGCUCGCUAUUCGACUCUUUCCGAUAUCGUGAUAGAUGAGAUGCAACCAGACGACCAAGGCGUUAUUUUGGAGAAAAUAGAUUCUUCAGCUGGUGAGGUCACUCGGAAGAAAGAGACAGUGGUCGACACACACGUCCAGAUGAUAUCAGUACUCCGACGAGAGAACGAAUCAAAAGCAUCAUACAUCCAAGCAUUGGAGAAACGAAAUCAAGAAUUAGAAGCUCUUUUAAAAGCGACCAGUUCCUUUCAGACUUCUGAUGCAUAGCGAUAGUUUUUUUUGUUUUUGUUUUAUUUACUUAUUCAGUCUUCCUAUGUUGUGUCUUUUCUAGCACUACUCAACCCCCACGCCGAGGAUUGUAAGAAUGUUGCUUAUCACUUGGUGACGUCACCUUCUCAUCAAGUACAUUUUCCACCUGGAUAGUGUAGUCUGCAGGCACAGACCCAUGGUUUUCGCAAUUCACAUAGUGCAUAAUGCAGAGUCUGUAUUAGUGAGACUAGAUUCACUAUUUACUGUGGCUGGCUGUAACAGACUUUGUGUCUAGUCUUUACUCUAGAUCUGUUAUCGGUUAAAGUGUCAAUUAUGAGUCUGUGCAGACUAUUGAUAGAGCGCAGAUAGGAGGCGCGAUAGCUCAGUCGGUAGAGCGGGGGUUUCGGAUUCCGGUGACGGGCGCUCUGCUUCGCUCUCUCCCGUGCUUUGCCAUGUUCGCUCGGAAAGCAGCCGACAGGGCCUCGACAAGAGGCUACCUUUGGUAAGGCAUUUAUCCUCAUUACCAGGUCCCUCGGAGAGGACCUUAAGCCGUUGGUCCCCUGGUUGCUUGCUCACAGGCAUUCGUGCUUUCUUAGCAGUCAGGUAAAAAAACCUCGGUAUAAUAUAAUAAUAAUAUAAUACUAUUAGUGGAAAAAGAAAUACAUUUUCUGUGCUUUAAACCCUUAUCAUAGCUUUGCUUCUAAUUCCAUCUACCAUGUCUACUAUGAGUGCGUUCAAACUUUAAAUGACUACCGCCCUCUGCAAACUAGAUAAAGUCGAAUUAAAAAAUCUCAUAAAAUGCUAACAUUCGUUACUUCGGUAUCGUAAGAGGGUGUUCUUCAUGUAAAGUUUCCCAUGUUAUUUUGAAGUUUAUAUAGCAUAAUGGUUAGUCGUGUGCAUUUGAGUGUCCGUAAGUCCACACACACAGUUUCAACACAGGGAACAGUGGUUUUCAAGAACGUAAUAUUGCAGAAAUCCGGGUAUAUCUUUAUAAUUAUUAAUAAUCUCACACCAGAUUGAUAAUAGUGUGAAAAUUUUAUCCAAUUCCAUUGAUUUGAUGUAAAUAUUAUUACAAUUAAUUCACUAUUUACGUCUCGCUGUUCAUUUGAAAGUGUCCAUGUUCACAACUCUUGCUAUGACAAACGGUCAAAAACCACCAUAUUUUCGAGACACUGGCACCUUUGUUUUCCCUCUGGAAUAUCCCUAAGAGUAAAAAAGGGUCGAGAUUGAUUGUCAUCUCAAUGCUAAAUAGAUUACCUACAGUUUGAUGUAUAAUACUUUAUGACUGGUAUAAUAAUAUUGUUACAUCUCAUUUUUCUCCCAAACUUUGAGAUCGAGCAGGCAGAACAUGGAAUAUUUCUGUGUACAACGUCACGUGACUAACGUAUGAUAGUUUCCGUUCCUAGACCCUUUUUAUUUGAAACAAUUCAUACAGUCCAAACAAACUUAACACAUUUAAUGUUGAAAGUAACAAUGUCUUGUACUAUAAAAUUUUGCCUACUGAUAUUGAUAAUAUAGCUACAGUUUGAGGAAGCAAAUAUCGAGUCCGGAAUUGAUUUUGAUUUGGAAUAGGGUCUGCGUAAGUUUACUAUAUACUAGCAGGCUGGCAUCGUCUGCUACGGAAACCAAAUGAGCGAACAUGACCGAAACUAACCAUUACAUGACAUGUCAGGAUUGACAUGUCAUGUAAUGUCAUGUAUUAAGUUAAAGGGGUGCGCCGGGCUGACAAAUAUUUACAUAUCAAUAAAUAGAGUAAAAUUCAAAGAGCAAAAUGCUGAAAAUUUGAUCAAAAUCGGAUAACAAAUAACGAAUUGUUGAAUUUUAAAGAUUUGCAUUAUUCCGGUGAAACAGUUCUAGGCAUGUCUUCAUGAAUAUUCAUUAGGUGGGCUGAUGAGGCCAUAUCCCCACCUGUUCUUUUGUAUUUCAUUAUAUGAAAUUAGGUUUAUUCCAAAUUUUCUACCAAGAAAUAAAUACUUGGAUUGACGAUUGAUUAAGCGCAUUAGUUAUUUAUUGCUGCAAUUUAUUUCAUCAUAAUGGAAACGCAUAAUUUACACAUUUAUGAAAAAAUGAAACGAUUAUGAUUUGAUAUAAUAACAUAAGAAAAAGGAAAGUGGGGAUAUGACAUCAUCAGCCCACCUAAUGUAAUUUAUAUAUUAGAUUGUUAGAUUGUCCUUUUAGAAACCCUAUGCUUGUUUAGGGAAAUGGUCUUUUCUUUGUUUUUAUGUUGUUGUUGAAUAUUUUUCUCAAUAUCUAUCUAUGCUUUGUUGUGCUGCUUUGAUCAUUGUUUCAUUCUUUACUGUUUUUUUUAUUGUCAAUAGGCCUAACGUGUGUAGGUAAAGCAAAACUUUGGAUUUGUAAUUAAAUCAC